ACUUGGUGACAGUGCUGAGCGUUCCACUCCAGGCCCAGCCUAGCCAGACGCCUCCCCACAGUGGGAAUGAGGACAAUGCCUGCUGGCCCGUGUGGGGAGGGGAUGUAGAGGGCGGCGGCACCGGCCGCUCCUGGCAGCAUGGACGAUGCGGCGGUCCUAAGGAAGAAGGGUUACAUCGUGGGAAUCAAUCUGGGCAAGGGCUCCUACGCAAAAGUCAAAUCUGCCUACUCAGAGCGCCUCAAGUUCAAUGUGGCAGUCAAGAUCAUAGACCGCAAGAAAACACCCACUGACUUUGUGGAGAGAUUCCUUCCUAGGGAGAUGGACAUCCUGGCGACCGUCAACCACCGUUCCAUCAUUAAGACCUACGAGAUCUUUGAGACCUCUGAUGGACGCAUCUACAUUGUCAUGGAGCUGGGCGUCCAGGGCGACCUCCUCGAGUUCAUCAAGUGCCGAGGAGCCCUGCAUGAGGAUGUGGCACGCAAGAUGUUCCGCCAGCUCUCCCUGGGUGUGAUUCUCUACAUCAUGGUCUGUGGCUCCAUGCCCUACGAUGACUCUGACAUCAAAAAGAUGCUGCGCAUCCAGAAGGAGCACCGAGUGGACUUCCCACGCUCCAAGAAUCUAACUGGUGAGUGCAAGGACCUCAUCUACCGCAUCCUACAGCCAGAUGUCAACCGGCGGCUGCACAUUGAUGAGAUCCUUAGCCACUCAUGGCUACAACCCCCCAAGCCCAAAGCCAUGUCUUCUGCCUCCUUCAAGAGGGAGGGGGAAGGCAAGUAUCGAGCUGAUUGCAAGUUGGAUACUCGACCAGGCUCCAGACCCGAACACCGGCCUGACCACAAACUGGGGACCAAACCCCAGCAACGGAUGCUGGUGACACCCGAGAAUGAAGACAGGAUGGAAGACAGGCUGGCUGAGACUUCCAGAGCUAAAGACCAUCACAUUUCUGGAGCUGAGGUGGGGAAAGCAAGUACCUAGUGGUGGAGAGGGCCCUGGGGGUAUCGUGGUGUGCAGUCUGCACCCACAUAAGCUAAGUAGGCAGGUAGGAGCUGAAGAAGGCACAGGUGCAAGGAACAAGUAAAAUUCGUCAAUUAAACCACUAUUUUGAUUA